AUGGUGAGGGGUAGUGAGCGUAUUUGGCUCAAUGAUUUACCUCCUGAUGUACUCAGUGCCGUGGCCGGUGAUUUAACCGUGUCACGUGUGGCCGCUCCGCCUCCGCCGCCCUGCGCCCCAUCUCGCGCCGAGCCCCACCGUCUCCCCUGGCUCCGGCCGCCGCCCCGUGCCCCACCUUCUCCCCUGGAUCCGGCCGCGGCACGGCGCCCCACCUUCUCCCUGGCUCCGGCCGACGCCCCGCGCCCCACCUUCUACCCCCUGGCUCCGGCCGCCGCGCCGAGCCCCACCGUCUCCCCUGGCUCCGGCCGCCGCCCCGUGCCCACCUUCUCCCCUGGAUCCGGCCGCGGCACAGCGCCCCACCUUCUCCCUGGCCCCGGCCGACGCCCCGCGCCCCAGCUUCUACCCCCGGCUCCGGCCGACGGCCGUCGCCCCACGCCUCACCUUCUCCCUCGGCUCCGGCCGUCGCCCGACGCCCCACCUUCUCCAUCGGCUCCGGUCGCCGCCCAAUCCCCCCCCAUCUCGUGCCCCUGGCCGCGCCCCAUCUCGUGCCCCUGGCCGCGCCCCAUCCCCAACCCCAGCGCCGACCGCCCCCAUCCGCAGCGCGCCUGCCGCCCCCAUCCCCAGUGCGCCAACCCCCAGGUCGCCACCUGCCUCAUCGCGACGCCGUCCACUUGCCCUUCCUCAUGGCUUCUCCCAGCCAUGGCGAGCGCCUCCUCCCUGCUCCAAGCUCGCUGCAGACUACACAGAGCCGCCAGCCCCGGCCGCCUCCCGUGCAGUACAACGCCGCCCCUGUACAAGGUUCAAAGACCUUAUAGUGAGAAGGAAGGGAGAUGCUAA